AUUUUAAUUUAAAAUAAAAUAUCUUUGUAAGCUUUACCAGUAAAAUGGUCACAAAAAGACGAGAGAAGAAAGUUUUGGACACGGAAUAUCCUCUUGUAGUAAGAACUACCAAAUUUGUCAAUUAUUAUCCCAUUACUCUACGUGUCUUACGUCAUCUACUACAUCUUGUUAGAGAAGCUUUUUUUUAUCCCCACUUUUCUUAUCUUAUAUAACCUCACAUAUAUGAUCGAAGAAAUUAAAAACACAUAACUUGAGUAUUCCUCAUUGAGUCGUUGCAAACGGUAUGGCUACGGAAAAAACCCACCAAUUUCAUCCUUCUCUUCACUUUGUCCUCUUCCCUUUCAUGGCUCAAGGCCACAUGAUUCCCAUGAUUGAUAUUGCAAGACUCUUGGCUCAGCGUGGUGUGACCAUAACAAUUGUCACGACACCUCACAACGCAGCAAGGUUUAAGAAUGUCCUAAACCGAGCGAUCGAGUCUGGCUUGGCCAUCAACAUACUGCAUGUGAAGUUUCCAUAUCAAGAGUUUGGUUUGCCAGAAGGAAAAGAGAAUAUAGAUUCGUUAGACUCAACGGAGUUGAUGGUACCUUUCUUCAAAGCGGUGAACUUGCUUGAAGAUCCGGUCAUGAAGCUCAUGGAAGAGAUGAAACCUAGACCUAGCUGUCUAAUUUCUGAUUGGUGUUUGCCUUAUACAAGCAUAAUCGCCAAGAACUUCAAUAUACCAAAGAUAGUUUUCCACGGCAUGGGUUGCUUUAAUCUUUUGUGUAUGCAUGUUCUACGCAGAAACUUAGAGAUCCUAGAGAAUGUAAAGUCGGAUGAAGAGUAUUUCUUGGUUCCUAGUUUUCCUGAUAGAGUUGAAUUUACAAAGCUUCAACUUCCUGUGAAAGCAAAUGCAAGUGGAGAUUGGAAAGAGAUAAUGGAUGAAAUGGUAAAAGCAGAAUACACAUCCUAUGGUGUGAUCGUCAACACAUUUCAGGAGUUGGAGCCACCUUAUGUCAAAGACUACAAAGAGGCAAUGGAUGGAAAAGUAUGGUCCAUUGGACCCGUUUCCUUGUGUAACAAGGCAGGUGCAGACAAAGCUGAGAGGGGAAGCAAGGCCGCCAUUGAUCAAGAUGAGUGUCUUCAAUGGCUUGAUUCUAAAGAAGAAGGUUCGGUGCUCUAUGUUUGCCUUGGAAGUAUAUGUAAUCUUCCUUUGUCUCAGCUCAAGGAGCUGGGGCUAGGCCUUGAGGAAUCUCGAAGAUCUUUUAUUUGGGUCAUAAGAGGUUCGGAAAAGUAUAAAGAACUAUUUGAGUGGAUGUUGGAGAGCGGUUUUGAAGAAAGAAUCAAAGAGAGAGGACUUCUCAUUAAAGGGUGGGCACCUCAAGUCCUUAUCCUUUCACAUCCUUCCGUUGGAGGAUUCCUGACACACUGUGGAUGGAACUCGACUCUCGAAGGAAUCACCUCAGGCAUUCCACUGAUCACUUGGCCGCUGUUUGGAGACCAAUUCUGCAACCAAAAACUGGUCGUUCAAGUACUAAAAGCCGGUGUAAGUGCCGGGGUUGAAGAAGUCAUGAAAUGGGGAGAAGAAGAUAAAAUAGGAGUGUUAGUGGAUAAAGAAGGAGUGAAAAAGGCUGUGGAAGAAUUGAUGGGUGAUAGUGAUGAUGCAAAAGAGAGGAGAAGAAGAGUCAAAGAGCUUGGAGAAUUAGCUCACAAAGCUGUGGAAAAAGGAGGCUCUUCUCAUUCUAACAUCACACUCUUGCUACAAGACAUAAUGCAACUAGCACAAUUCAAGAAUUGAGCAUAUGUCAUUUUAUGUUCAUAGAAAUUUAAACAUUAAACAGUUUUUGAUUUCUAUAUUGGAGAAAUUUAAAUCAGAGCCUUUGUUAAACACGUGGAUAAUGAAUCAGAAGAAGAUAAAUCAGUGAUAAUUUCUGAAGUUAUCUUUAUAUAUCUUCCAAAAAGCUGGCUUAAAACUUGUUUCGACAUAUCUAAAAAUAAAUGUAAGGCAGUUAUACCUAAUUAUCAUAAACGACGAACACAGUUUAUUGUGGA